AUGCACCAUGCCAGUCUAGACACUCGCAGGUCGAGCUCGAGUCUUGAGCUGUCCUCACGGUUUGUACCCGGAGCAGAAGAAGACAAUGGACUGCAACAAGGAGACUCCAACCUCGACCUGGGUGUCACCGUCUACUUUAUCGAGGACGGCAACCAAGCCGUCAUGUACGAAAGGCAGCCCGUGGCAGAGCUCGCUUCGACCUGCAUCGGCAUGAUGCAGGAAAGGGGCGCCAACGGCAACGAGAUUGUGCUGAGCCACAAGCACCAGGACCACGUGGAAGGAUUGACCUCGAGCCAGCUGAACCAGGUUUCCGUGCUGGCCCAGGACAACACCAAGACGGCCCCGGCGCAAGACGGAGCCAUGGUUCCUGAUGAGACGUAUACAGACUUCAAAGCCCUGUCGGUGGGAGCGACCAACAUCAACGUGACUCACUUUUGA